UUUACGAAUACAUCCGUAAUUCAAUAACAAUUUUUAAUCCUCAAUUUAAUUAAUGAUAAUUUGAAUGAUAACAAAUUAUAAGAAAGAGCGGCAAAAUGAGACGGGCACUUGGUUCAGUGGUGAAUUAGUGACGAAGGCUUUCCCGCCAAUUAAUACUCAUUCUUGUGUAGGCCACGACAACUUUGUAGUACGCUUGAAUUAUCAUCAUAAUUUUGUCAUUUUUGCAAACUUCUGGAUUUUACAAGUGCUUGAAUUUGUUACGAACAUGUCAGUUUAUCAUCGUUCUACUGCGAAAAGUCGGAUUUUACAGGAAUAUCGCAACAGAGAGGAAGAAAUCGCUGCCGCAUUGUCAAGGCAAAUGAGCCACAAGGCUGGGCUUGAAAGUGAGAAGAGAAUGCGGCGAGAGAUUGCCAACAGUAAUGAACGACGCAGGAUGCAGAGUAUCAAUGCUGGGUUCCAGCACCUGAGAACACUUCUCCCACACACAGAGGGCGAAAAACUGAGCAAGGCCGCUAUUCUGCAACAGACGACAGACUUCAUUAGGAACAUGCAACAGGAAAAAGCAAAGAUUCAUGCCCAGAAUGCAUACUAUAAACGUUUACUGAGUGAAGUAAGUCGACGGUGUAACAUUGAUCUUGAAAUGGAUAUAUCACUGUGUGGAGGGUCGCCUCCGUUAAAACGGAAAAAGCGAGAUACAGAAUCAUCGGAUGAGGGUAUUACUGCAGACUUCGAAGAAUGUAAAUACGAAGACAUCCGGCGGGAGGUGAUGGAACUUCGUCAGAAGCUUGAGCAAGAACGACAACUACGCAUGGUACUGGAGUUGAGGGCACACACCCUAGAGUCUCACCAUUAUGCCGAGAAAGUGCACCUGGCUAACCACUCUGAGCAGCACGUACAAAUGCCAUCUGGUCCUAAAAUGGACAAGCAUGUACCAGUAACCGAAGAACCAAGACGAGAAGAAAAACUAGAUUCUGUACUAAUGUGUGCAAACCACGAGAAAGACCACCCUUCAUUAUCACCUACCAGGCCAGAGCCAGUGGACACACCUAGCUCUAUGUCACGCAGGAAUCUUGAAACCAUUGUUGAGGCCAUACGCCAUCUGGAAGGGGAGAGUAUUAAAAAUGAACAACAGUAUUCCGCCCCAAAUUCAUUGCACCCAGAAGCAUUGCAUCCAAAAAUGUAUAUUGAACGCAGCGAGGAAAGUGAAAAUUCUUGUGACCCAGACGAUUUAAGGUCGGAAAGUUCGGGACGUGACUCUCCAUCAGUUCAUCAUCAUCACAAUUACGUCAGACUACAAAGUGCACAAAAUUUACAACAUGUCUCAUCGACAAAACUUACAGCAUCAAGUGUGGUGAUGACAAGUUCUAAUUAUUCAGACAAAUAUCCUGCCGUGACAAAUGUUCUACAAGGAAAUUCAGCACAACUACAAAUGUACUACAGACCUGGAGUUAUUGUCCAAAAAUCUUAACGAAAAUAUCAUAUUCGAAAGUAUUGUAAAUCAUUCAUAAAACUAUUUAUUUCUCAUAGUAUUUCAUUCAUUACAAAUUGUUCGUUAAUUUUGUUUUCAUGUGUACAUAUAAUUAUGUUAUAUCAUACGUUUGAAUUUGUUAAGAAAGGAAGAAGUAUUUUAGUCAACAUGGAAACAGAUAUACAAAAGGAAGUUUUUUUUAUAUUAAGAUUUUUUUAUUUUAUCUUUAUACAUUGGAAAGAUUUCAGGUCUUGCAAUUAUUUUUGGCCUAAGCUAGAUACUAUAAUCUGACAAAAAUGUAUUUGGAAAAUGUUCAAAAUUAUUGUCAAGUCUAAAAUUAUUUGAGCCGCGCCAUGAGAAAACAAACAUAGUGGCUUUGCGACCAGCAUGGAUCCAGACCAGCCUGCGCAUCAGCGCAGUCUGGUCAGGAUCCAUGCUGUUCGCUUUCAAAACCUAUUGCAAUUAGAGAAACCGUUAGUGAACAGCAUGGAUCCUGACCAGACUGCGCAGAUGCACAGGCUGGUCUGGAUCCAUGCUGGUCGCAAAGCCACUGUUGGUUUUCUCAUGGCGCGGCUCAUUUUUCAUUAUCAUUAACAUGUAUUAUCUGUCGUCACUGCCAAAUUCCAAAUAUUACAAUUAGUAGUGCUUUAUUGUGAAUGUCUGUACAUACAGGUCUCAUUUAUACUGUAUAUUUCCUUAUUAAUGCCAUCUCCAAUGGGGUGUUAUAAUAUUAAGGGGCUGGGGCAUUUAAUGAGGCCCUAAUAUCAACAUUUUUAGUGAAUAUAAACUGUAAACACAACUUUUACUGUGGUAGCGCUUUUGCCAACUUAUGAACUAAUUUAAAAAAAAAAAAAAAAAAUAUUUUCCUUAAAAAAAUUAUUUUUUUUUUUUUUUUUGGAAAAUAUUGCCAGAAUUGGGGUGGGGUGUUAGUUGAGGGAAUAUACAGUAUAUGCAUUAGAAAUAUUUGUUGAAAAACUGUUUCUUGCAUAAAAGUAUUAGAGAUGUUUAAAUCAAAUUAUGACAUGUAUGUAUUGAAAGACUGUUUAUGUCCUGUCUAUAAUAGAUUGUAAAUGUCCAAUUUGUUAAUAACAUUGUUAAAAAAAGCUCAAUAAUUGUUUAUGUGUGAAUUCUUGUAAAUUAGUAUAACAAAUGUGAACUUGAUGUAUGGUGCAAAAAGAAGUAGGUUUAUCUGUGUUUUCUGAGGUUGUUUUUUUUGGGGGGUUGGGGGGGGGGGGUUGAAGAAGUUGAGAUUAUUGAUGAAAUAUCUUAAAAAGGAGAACAUAAAAUUAUAUGACAUGUCAAGUAUUCCGAUUGGCAAUAUUUGGCAAAGAAAAUGCCAAUCUUGUCAGCCGCUUUGCUUAUAUCUUUCCAGCAAGCAAUAGAGGUCAUUUGUGGUGUGGUUUCAGUAAAUGUCACAUAAGUGCAUACCAGAUGCUCCUAGGCCUCUCUAACCAUUAAGAAGUGGCACAUGGUUCUCAAAGUACUUUCCGUACUUUUCCUAGUUCUAAUUAGAUAAGUCUGUGAAAAUCUAAUGAAAAACAGCUUCGAUUUUAAGUCUAUGUAAAUUAGCAAAACAAUUUCUAGAAGGGAUAUACUAGUAUUUUACAUUUAAUACAAUUUCAGGAAGUAAUAAUGUAGGUUGAACAUGCGUAAUUCAUUUAAUAAGGUAGUAUUAUGCAGUUCUUAUUGGUUUAAACUAGACAGAUGUCAGACUUAAAUAUAGAGGAACUACUUGAAAAAGUACGAUACUAUGAGUUUUUUGGUGCUAUUUAUUUACGAAAAAGUAAAGUACUAGGUCAUUCAAAUUUAGGCAUUAUAAAACAUUAUCUUAAGAAAAAAAAAUAUUUUUUUUUAAUCUUAAAUAAGGGAUGACUUUAAAAAUUGAUACACCGUAAAUGCCCUUUUAGAAUAAUUGAUGUAUGCGGACAUGUAGUUAUUGUAAAAAUAUGUAUCUUUUUCAAUAGGAUGCUUCUGCCAUGGCUUCAGUGAAAAAGUUGAGUUUAGCAGGAUUGACCCAGUUUUUGUAAUCAGUUUCAAGAAAGAUCUUUGGGUAUAUGGGAAAAAAAAGAGUAAAUUUUUUUCAUUUGUCUGCUAAAUUUAGACAAGAGUGUAAGAAGUGUUAAUAUUCUUAGAUCUGACAUUUUGUAGUGUUGAUAAUAGAAGAACAUGGCAAGCAUCCAAGUCAAUGCCAAGCAAUGCAAGGUAGAGUGAGACACUGUGACAUUUCAGCAGUUGUUCCACUUCUACCAGCUGUAAAUAGACUGUACUUAUAUUGAGUGAACACCUGCUUUUUUUCCAAGUGAACAAGUGUAGUAUGGUGUAUGACCUCCAAAUUCUUUUUUUCCUGUGACAUUUGGUUAUUUAUGUUUAAAAAAAUGUGUGAGGGUAGGGUAAGGUAGGAAACUUGCUUAUAAGAAAUUCCUGCUUAUUAGUCUGGUAUUAUGGCAAAGGAUAUUUUCUAUCAGCAUUUUUGGUUCAAUUCAAGUUUUAACAGUUUGAUAUUUGAAUUUUUUGCAAAUUUGUUCAAUUUCUGAGAAUUUUUUGAACUGACGAAAUUAUAAAUGGCAUUUAUUACAAUAAUAUUUAAAAUUCAAUGCAGCUAAUUUUUGUUUUGAGAAAAAGUAUUUUCACUUUUUUUUUUUUUUUUUUUUUUUAAACUCGUUUUUAAAGAAUAUGUAUUCAGAUUGUAUGUUGAGUUGAAGAUGAGUUGUUUUGUUUUGAAUUUGUUAAAGAAAAAGUGUUGUCGAACUGUAUUAUUGUUAAUAAGUCAUUAUCAUAAUUAUCAUCAUCAUCAUCACCAUCAUGCCAUUUACAUUAUGUGAUAAGGUCCCCUUCCUUGAAUAUUUUCUAGGCUUGUCAUUUUUGAAAUGACACAAUUAAUUUGUUUAUACAAGAUGGAAAUUUAAGAACAAACUAAAUAAGGACUUAUUAAAAAGAAAUUCAGCAAAAUGAUUAUCUAUUUGUACAUAUCUUUCAUAUAGGCAUGUGAUUUCCAUAUAAUUUAGGGAUGGUUGAAUCAAAUGUAUGUUUGCUGCUUGGGGGUGGAAUGCCCAAUUUGUAAGCAUUGCCUGAAACACAGUUAAUGUGAUAAUCUGGCAUAUGAUUUUACAGGACUAGAAUCUUUUUCCAGAAGUAAAUUUUUACACAUUAUCUCAAGUAUCGCUGACUUAAACUGACUAAGAGAUGAUUUUUCAUUUUAAAAAAAAUUCCCUUCUCAAGAAAUGAGGUUAAAUUCAUUAAUUGUUAAAAACAUUUUUAUCAUUUUACAUGUUUGUUGUGUCAGGUGAGGAACACAUGAUCAUGUUGUUGACUGUCACGUGGUCACUGUUUUGUGUAUGACCAUACCAUAUAUACAUUGUUUAUCAGCCAUUGUGUACAUAACAAAUCUCAUAUUAAUCACAACUUAUUUAUAUUUGACUUGUUGAAGUUUAUUGCGUUAUUUCGUAAACUUGUCAUGUAACAUGUGCAAGACGCUCCCCACUUUUUUUCUCUUCAAAUGUUUGCAGAAAAUUGACAAUACUAGAAUUUUGUUCCGGAGUUGUUGAUUUUGAUGCAGCAUGUUAUUUAUAUAUAUCUAUAUAUAAAGCUAUAUAAUAGUUAGAGACUUGAGGCCCACAGAAUCCAAUAUUCAGAGUGUAUUUCUUGGGUCGUCAGUUGCAUUUUUUUUUCUCUCUCGCCGUCAGCGUCAUGUGCACCUUAUCUAAGCUUUACAUGUUGAACACCAGUUGUUGAAGAAAUUCCACCAAAAUUCCUCUUGGAAGAUUCUAAAUCACAAUUUUGAAGAAAAGAAACGAUAUGAUUUUUUGUACAUGCACAUGGGGGUAUUUCAAGGAUACUGUUAUUUAAAUGGCGAAUGCUUUUUAUUUUCAUCAAUGGCUGGUGUGUAUUGACCGAACUGGUUGUCUAAUCUAGUGCUAUUUGACAUAGGUAAAACUAUACGAGGUCCUAAAUUGACACUGUUAAAAAAUCUGUACUUGAAAAGGCAAAUUUCAACCAUCUAAAUGACACUUUUCAAAAAUGUUUCUACAUUUGAAAUGUAAUCUGCACUGAAAAAGCAGAUUUCAACCGUUUAAAUGAAACUUUUCAAAAAAUGUUCUAUCUUCAUUUGGAAUGCCUUUGAUCAUAAUGAUCAUAUAUCUUCAGUUGAAAUUUACACCCUUUUUAAUAAGAUCAGUGAAAUAUUUGCUAGGUGUAAACUUUGAAAAAAAAACUUAAAAAGAUGUUUGUUGUGACAGAGCGCUCUUUAUCAAUAUUUGAACAGUUCAUUCAUGUAAAGGCACGCUCAUCCUUGCUGGUUUUAUGGGCAAUGUGAUAGUUUUAUCUAUGAUCAAACUUCCUUAUGUAUGCUUAUGUAAAAGUAUGCAUUGGUGAAUAAAUAAACGUUGUGAAAAGUACGA